GGAUGAUCUACGGGGAAGAGGCUUGGAGAGGGGGGCUGUUCUUCAUUCUGACACUUCAUGUUUUGCUGAAAACUUCGCGGCGAUUUUCCCCUUGCACCAGCGUGGACUGAUGGAUUACCACCUGCUUGGAUUAAUUUUGUCUUUUCUCUUCAAUGGCACAAAGGUCUUAGCGGGUUACCCCAUUUGGUGGUCCCUUGCUCUCGGCCAGCAGUACAGCUCCCUGGGGUCUCAGCCCAUCCUCUGCGGCUCCAUCCCCGGCCUCGUUCCCAAGCAGCUCCGCUUCUGCCGCAACUACAUUGAGAUCAUGCCCAGUGUGGCCGAGGGGGUGAAGUUGGGCAUCCAGGAGUGCCAGCAUCAGUUCCGAGGGCGCCGCUGGAACUGCACCACCAUCGAUGACAGCCUGGCCAUCUUUGGGCCUGUCCUGGACAAAGCCACACGGGAGUCUGCGUUUGUCCACGCCAUCGCGUCAGCCGGCGUUGCCUUUGCUGUGACCCGCUCCUGCGCCGAGGGCACGUCCACCAUCUGCGGCUGUGACUCCCACCACAAAGGGCCUCCAGGAGAGGGCUGGAAAUGGGGUGGAUGCAGCGAGGAUGCCGACUUUGGUGUGUUGGUGUCCCGGGAAUUCGCAGACGCUCGAGAGAACCGUCCGGACGCGCGCUCGGCCAUGAACAGACACAACAACGAGGCCGGGAGGACGACCAUUCUGGACCACAUGCACCUGAAGUGCAAGUGCCACGGGCUCUCGGGAAGCUGCGAAGUCAAGACUUGCUGGUGGGCACAGCCCGACUUUCGGGCCAUCGGGGAUUACCUGAAGGAUAAAUACGACAGUGCUUCCGAGAUGGUGGUGGAGAAGCACCGGGAGUCCCGGGGUUGGGUAGAAACUCUUCGGGCUAAGUAUGCUCUUUUCAAGCCACCAACAGAGCGGGAUUUGGUUUACUAUGAGAACUCCCCGAAUUUCUGCGAGCCCAACCCAGAGACGGGCUCCUUUGGGACAAGGGACAGAACGUGCAACGUCACCUCCCAUGGGAUUGAUGGCUGUGACCUGCUGUGCUGCGGUCGGGGCCACAACACCAGGACUGAGAAAAGGAAGGAGAAGUGCCACUGCAUCUUCCACUGGUGCUGCUAUGUGAGCUGCCAGGAGUGCAUACGUGUCUACGACGUCCAUACCUGCAAGUAAGCGUUGUACGUCUCCAGCUGCUGGGAGGCUGAUCCAGAGCAGGGCCAGGGGCUCCUAUCCUCAGCACGGUGGCCUCACACUUCAGAGGAUGGCAUCAAGAAAUCCGAGUGCUCUUGGCCCUACCCGCGCUCCUUGGCCACAUCCCUCCAAGUCUGGGGCUCGUGUUAACAUGGAGCACUGACCAUUCCUGGCAGGCUCCUCCACAGCAAGGACAACGUAACAGAGUUCCAGUGCCAAUUCUCACAUGCCAGUGGUUUGACAGAGAAGUUGCAAAAAAAAAAAACCAUCUAAAACAUUAAAGCUGCGUUUUCUACUCAUUCAUUCCUUGGCCCCUGGGAAAGAGGAGCACAUCCUCCUGAAAGAGCAAUAAAAUGGGUGAAAGACCCCUCGUACAGAGAGCACAAUCCUCAAACCUGUUCUGGAGUGAACCAGACCAAAAUUCAGUCCCUCUUCUGCAGAGCACAACGAACAGCUACCGGACUGGAAAGCAUUUGUUUUCUAAAGCAAAGACCACAGGAGAGCUCCACGAAACCUCCACGUUUCAGCAAUCAGCCAUCUGAUCUGCAUUCUAUUUAACGUAUAUAUUAAAACUCUGUGUCUGGAAAGAGUCCAAGUACCUGACUUUCAACAAAAGUCCUUUUGUUCUUUUUUUUGUUGUUUCAUUGUUCUUUUUGUUUUUAAUCAAGAAAAGGUAUUUAAUAUUAAAUAGAACAUUUAUUGCCUUGUAAUUAUUUUACUGUAGUCAGGUAUUCUAGCACUGAAUGGAAGAUCUUUUUCCAUCAAUCUGCUGUAUCCAAAGUUUUGUAUAAAGUUGUAGAAGUUGACUGUUUUUUUUAUUUUAUAUUCAGAAAAUUUCUCUUUUUAUAAGCAUUAUUUAUUAUACAAUGUAUAUACUUGAGUUAACUAAGAUUAUAUAUUAUAUAAAUAUAUAUAUUUGGAGAAAAAUAUAUUUCAACUUGCAUUUUUUUGUGGUACAUCAUUAAAAAGAAGGUUGCAAAAACCCAAAAGCAUGCAUUUCCCAGCGUGUGUCGUUUGCCUCAAAAUCCUUUAAGUUCUGCUGAAUGAUAUCUAUGGGAAUGGUGGAUCUUCUCCAUUGUGCUCAGUGACAGUCAGACAAAAGUAAGACAGUGAUGGUAAAAAACAGCCAAUACAUGAGAUGAUAAACAAAAAUCUUAGCAGUCAGCCAUAGAGUGCCACCUCACAGUGUGCAUACACCACCAGGUUAAUCUGGAUCCCCCACAUCUUUUUAUUCCCAGAAAAGCUACCCCAGUACUUUCCAACAGGAUAAGGAAAGGGAUGAAGAAUUUGGCCAAUACAGCUGAAGGCAAUCCAGUUUUCACUACAAAACCACCCCUGCCCAGGCACAGCAAGUCAUUCUCUUUCGCCACCUGCAGGAAACUCCUUGAAUGGAGACCCACAGAAGAGGUUGAGCCCAUCAUUUUGCUCAGGUUUUCCAACUUGGACUUCUUGAGGAGUGAUGCAGUGUCCAUCCACACACACACACCAUUGAGGCUUCCUAGGCGGUGUGAGUUCCAUAAAGCUGGAAUGGACUGGGUGGGCUACAAUGGCCUCCUUGGCCAGCUCUAGCACUACUUGUGGUCAAGCUAUCCAGAUCUUGGAUCUAUUUGUUCCAUCCAUGUUCGGUACAAACUGUUUAGCAUCUCUCUGGCUACCAGCAGCCUGGGAAUCACUUUUCUGUCUUAGAAUCUUAGAAUAUUAAGGCUGGAAAAGGCCACUAAGAUCAAGUUCAACCACUGAACCGUUACCACCCUGCCCACUAAACCAUGUCCCUAAACAGACUGACCCCAUCUUGCUACAAUCAGCCUCCUUCCUUGACACAAGGGAGAUAAGCAAGUCAUCUUCAAGCACUCUAGACAGAUACCUCUGUUUGACUAACACCAAAGACACAGAUGUCUCCCAGUUGUGCUUUUUUUUAUUGAAUCCAAUAAUGUGCAACUGAACAAGAUAUUUAUUCAUCAAUAUAGCUCUGGACAUAGACACAAUAAGGUUUACAUCAUUUACUCUGAAAUAAGUUAACGAGUGCUGCUGUCACAGGGACUAGCAGAGGAAA